CAUAGAUCAAGCCCCGCCCCUUGUACCUGACGUUAUUGAUUUAAAACCCCACUGAUCGGAAAUCAGUCUGCAAAGCUCACGUUGUUAAGAAACUGUACCGCUUAAACAGAACCAAAGUCAGUCCGACUGGCAACCGCCCAAGGUUGGCUGCUGGUUGGCCGUCGUCCAUCGAGAGGUCGCGAAGUCAACACAGUCACUGGCUGAAAGCGAAAGGAACGACGCCGCUGGACGACUAACGCGCUUUUUAGCACUUGUCGUUUUCAACAACCAUCUUUUUUAGUGAUUAUUUAAGGAGUACUCGACGGAGGGGAAGUGGCAGACAAGAUGGAUACACUCUGUUUCCGCUUGCCCGGCCACGGCGACAUGACCCUGAAGCACAUGAAUUCUCUUCGGUCUCGCCAGCAUUUUUGCGACAUCACCAUUUUGACCAGCAACAAUCAGACAUUCCGGGGACACAAAGUCGUGCUGGCGGCUUGUUCGCCAUUCCUGAGAGACCAGUUCCUCCUCAGUCCCUCCUCCAAGCUUCAGGUGUCAAUGCUGCACAGCUCCUCGGUCAUGUGUGAUCUACUGCAGUCGUGCUACACUGGUGUGUUGCAAUUUAACCCGGAGGAGAUCGUCAACUACCUGACUGCUGCAAGUUACCUACAGAUGGAGUGUAUCGUAGAACGCUGCAGAGAUGCUCUGAAGAAAUACAUGCAAUUGAAGAACCCGAAUCCACUGAAGAUAACUACAGAAGAGAAUCCGUCUCAGCCUGUGAUUGUCAGCGGCAGCAUUCAUUCCAUCGCGUCACCCCCCGCCGGCCGCCCGUCCCCUGCGCAUAGCCCGGAAGUGCACUUAGUGGAUGAGAACAGCGCACAGGAGAGCAGUCAACAACACGAUGGCAGUCCUUUGGUGCAAAAAGCCCGCGUGAAGGAAAACGCAUCAGACGACGAAGGAGACACCCGCCGAGAAAAGCAACAAGUGUUCCAAGUUUACAUCUCUGAUGAAGAGCAGAACAGUAUCAGGGAUGAGGAGACCGAAGCGCCCGCCGAUGCGCCUCCGGGUGCAUGUUCCCCCGAAAGGGAGGGGGUCGUGGUCGGAGGAGAGAGCAGCGAAUAUGACCUGAACCCAGCGGGAGAAGGUCUCGGUACGGACGGCUUCUCUCGAGAUGGACUCCGUGCUUUCAGACACAGGUUAUCCGAACCUGUGCGAGGCAGAGGGAGACCAGCGGGAAGGGGUUUCAAGAGGAGACGCUGGGUGUCCACUCAGGAGAAAAGAUCUCCGAGAUUAGCUUCUCAAGAUCUGUGGUAUCUGGCCAAUGCAGCAACAGCAGGGGGGUUUGGGAUGGAUUUCGGCGAAGUGCAUAAGACCGGGAAUUUUUUCUCCGUCGAUGCCCCGCGACUGGACUUCAGCUUAGACGAAGCCCAAGUGGACAAAUCCUUGCCGUCGGGGGGCAAUAGUUUGACUCAUUUCGCCCUGGAGGAGUCGGGCGACGCCGGCGAAGGGAGUUCCGGCUUGAAUGCUGGUACAAGCGAGGGAGGCGACGAGUCCGUCGCCGUAGUGGGCUCCACGUCCAGCGUCACCGGUCCGGUCAUCUGCGAGCACUGCGGCGUCACGUGCCCGUCGUCCCACGCCCUCGCCCUCCACUACUGCUCCGCUCAUCAGGUUUACGCCUGCCCCUUUUGCGACAAGCAGUUCCAGCACUCCUACAACCUGAACCGACACAUGGCCUUGCACCGGGGCAACGGGAAACCCCACCAGUGCCCACUCUGCUCCAAGGGCUUCACGCAGAGGUCCACGCUCAUCGACCACAUGAACCUUCACAGCGGCGAGCGCCCGCACCGCUGCGCGUACUGCCACGCUCGGUUCGCGCACAAGCCGGCGCUGCGGCGACACCUGAAGGAGCAACACGGGAAAACGACAGUGCAGAAUUCCCUCCACGAGCAGGAGGAACGAGAGAGAUCCGUCAGAAGGAUAAGAGAGGAAGCCCAAGAAUGUCCGAUCACUGAUCGAGUAUCUUAAAACCAAAGAAUCGAAUAAAAACAAAAAAAACAUUUAAUCACGUUAGUAGUUUAGCUGUGAGGCCUUUGUAGUGCAGAACAAUAUCACUACAUAAACUGCUUUGUUUUGAGGAAUUAUUUGAUACACUGUGUAUUGUCAGGAUAUUGCUGGGAAAAAAAAUGCUAAUUUUACCCGAUGGUUGUAUAUGUUUAAUUAAUUUUAAUGUUUUAAAUGAAAAAAAAAUACUUUAUAUCCUGCUGUAAAUGAUUGUAAAUAAAUACAGCAUUAAAUGUCAAAGGAAGCCCGUGGGCAUUCAUUUGAACUUUCUUGGA